GCAUGCGCAGUGGCAUUUGGUCUUUGCAUAGGUAAAUCCGCGCGCGCCUGAAGGACUUGCUUCCUCUGCGUUGCAAAACGCUUCGCUCUCUUUGUCGUCGGGGCUGCUUCUUGGCGGGCAGAGGAGGUGCAUAGUUCCCAGAGUCUUCUGCUGCAUUGGCUUGACAAAGAAUGGCUGCUGCGGUGGAGACAAACCAGGAGCCUGUGGCUUUUGAGGAUGUGGCCGUGUAUUUCACAAAAGCAGAGUGGGCUCUGCUGGACCCAACGCAAAGAGCCACCUACAGGGACGUCAUGCUGAAGAACUAUGAGAAUGUGGCUUCCGUGGGUGAGCAUCCCUUAGCACUCCACCCUUCGAAACCAGACCUGAUCUCCGCCCUGGAGCGAUGGGAAAUGCUGUGGGCACCUGAUCAGCAGGAACACAAGGAGCAUGAGAUCCCGCCAGGCAGUAGCUCAGGAGAUGAGCAGGUGAGUGAGAAUACGAAGAAACCUAUUCAGCCGGAAAGUUUCGCCCUGGGGAAGCAAGAAGAGAUACAAAGGGCUGAAGAGAGCCAGAGAAAUGGGGAGAGCUCUCAGACCUGCCACAGAGCUGGGCCGGCCUCAGAGAAAGCGUCUUGGAAAUCGAAAGGCCAAAGCCGUUCCUGCUCGGAAGAGCAAAGAGCAAACACAAAUCAAGAACCGACCAAAGAAAAUCUCUCCCCCCGGUCCCACACGGGAGAAAAGCCAUACAAGUGCUCGGAUUGCGGGAGGAUGUUCAGUUCGCCGUCAAACCUUCGCUCACACGAGAAAAUCCACACGGGGGAGAAGCCUCACUCAUGCGCAGAUUGCGGGAAAGGUUUCAUACACAAACGAAGCCUUCGUCAACACAGACGCGUCCACACCAGAGAGAAGCCACACGGGUGUUCCUACUGCGGGAAGAAAUUUAGCAGCAAAGCACACGUUGCUAGACAUGAAUACAUCCACAAAGAUGAGCGGCCGUUCCAAUGCUCAGAGUGUGGGAAAGGAUUCAGAGCGAAAGAGCACCUUAUAGUUCACCAGAGGACACACACAGGAGAGCAACCCUACAAAUGCUUGGACUGCGGCAGGAGCUUCAAUUGUUUUUCUAACUAUACCAGGCACAAGAAAACUCACGGAGGAGAGAAACCGCAUAAUUGCUCAGAUUGCGGGAAAAGCUUCCGAAAUCGUUCAGAUCUUAAAUCGCACAGGAGAAUCCACACUGGCGAGAAACCUUAUCAGUGCUCAUUCUGUAGGAAAAGCUUUCGUUGCUGUUCGUCCCUCGUGAGUCAUGAGAGAACCCACAGAGCGGAAAAAUCAUUUCCGUGCCCCGAAUGCGGCAAACGUUUAAGUCAGAAAUCGUGCCUUGCUAAGCAUUUGAGAAUGCAUAAGAAUAAAUGCUCAGACUGUGGGAGACUCUUCAGCAAAAGUUCAGCCCUUCAACAUCACCACAGGAAAAGACAUUCAGGUAAGAAGCCGUACAGAUGUUUGCGCUGUGGGAAGAGCUAUGACCGCAGGUCAAGGCUGGUGAUUCAUGAGAGGAUUCACACAGGAGACAGACCUUACGUUUGCUUAGAGUGCGGGAAAGCCUUUAUUGAGAAAAGUAAACUUGAGCGACACGAGCGAAUACACACAGGAGAGAAACCAUAUGAAUGCCCCCACUGUGAGAAGAGCUUCAACGACAGAGGAAACCUUCUUCAACAUCAACCAUUUAAGGACAAAGAAAAGGGACACAGUGGAACCAUUUCAUGGGAGCAAGUCAGUUUGCUGGAUUCAUAUCCAAGAGCUGUAUCGGGAGACACUAUGCAGGCAGAUGACGGUGGCGACGCCAUCUUGUUGGGCAGCGAGGAGCGCGGAAAGAUCUACCCGGGAGAGACUCCACGCUACUGCCCCCUCUACGCCAAAAGCUUUGGCGGCUCGCCAAGCCGCGAGAGGCCCGUCGCGGGCGACAAAUGCUACAAGUGCUCCGAGUGCGGGAAGGGCUUCAAGAAGCGGUCGGCCCUCCUGACCCACGACCGGACGCACACCGGGGAGAAGCCCUACGGCUGCGCCGAGUGCGGGAACAGCUUCAGCAACAAGUCCAGCCUGACGCGGCACAAGAGGAAGCACACGGGCGAGAAGCCCUUCGGCUGCCCCGACUGCGGCAAGAGGUUCAGCCAGAGCUCCAGCCUCAUCCGCCACCUGAGGAACCACACGGGGCUCCGGCCUUACCGCUGCUCGGCGUGCGGCAAGAGCUUCAAGCAGAGCUCCAGUCUCCUGGUCCACAGAAGGACUCACACGGGGGAAACCCCCUACAGCUGCUCGGUCUGCGGCAAGCGCUUCUCGCAGAGCUCCAACCUGGUGAAGCACGAGAGGAUCCACACCGGAGAGAAGCCCUACGGCUGCGCCGAGUGCGGCAACACCUUCAGCAACAAGUCCAGCCUCACCAGGCACAAGAGGAACCACACGGGGCAGAAGCCCUACAAGUGCCCCCAGUGCGGGAAGCGCUUCAAGCAGAGCUCGGGCCUGCUCAAGCACGAGCGAGCCCACGCGAGGAAGAGCCUCGCGAAACUCCCGGAGCCCAGCAAGCGCUUGGACGCCAUGAGAGCCCACAUCGGCGAGGCCUUGUGAAAACUCCUCGCUCCGUUGAGGAAAGGUUGAAAGGCAUGAAGCCUGUUGGCGUUGAAACCGUGAGAAGUCAGGGAUCGGGGGACUGCGGCCCUUCUGGAGUUCCUGGGCUGCAACGUCUGCCAUCUCCAACUCUUUGGGGGUGGAAGAAGUUGGAGUUCAGCAACUUUUAGGAAAGUCACAGGUUUCCCCACUUCUGAUACCACGAGUGCUCGGUUCAGGGUAUACAAGGCCUGGAGCCUGACACCUAGCUAGAUACUAGUCUAAAGUCCUCUGCUCUCACAGUCCAUACAAGGCUGACAAAAUGGCCGCCACUGCUGACAGGCUGUGGUUGGUCGGUUGGUGUGUGUCGUAGGCCUGGCGGCAAGGUUUUCUGAUGUUUAGCUCUGUUUGUACAUGGGAGGAUUCCCUCCUGGGAGAAAACUUUUAAAACAAGGCAACUGCUCCUUACUCAACAGAGAAUUUCCCAAUGAGGACCUGGAGAUGGGAGGCAGGAAUCUGUUGCUGGAACCAUCAGGCGAUUUGAACCAGAGAAUCAUCAGCUUUUGUUAUCUUCUAUGUUCUUAGAGUAGCCUUGUAAAUAAAAGCCACAGAAGUUACCUCAGGACUGGCCAAACCGUUAGGCAGCGUGAGGCGGCUGCCUCAGGCAACUAAUUUUGGGUGUCAUGAAAGUGUAGCAAAUGGUUUUAUGUUGUUGUCUUUUUACUCCCAGCCUGAGAGGCUGCCAUUUGUUCCACCCUAAGCAGCCGAAAUGGCUCAGGCGGGCCCUGAUAUGCCUACUUAAAAGCAAGUAGACUGCAAGUCUGUGCUGGCCAUGGAGGAGGGAAGUGCAAUAAUAAGAAACUUAGGUUUCUUCCCUCCUCCAUGGUCAACAUAGAAACCUAAGUUUCUUAUUAUUGCACCAAAGUGGACUAGCAGAGAAGGUAUGAAUCGCUCUGUUCCUUUCUGUGGAGCAAUCUGUCCCUUCUCCACUUUGCUUGUUUGCCUGCCUGGAAUUCCCGCUCACCUGUGGCGAGCAGGUAAGCUCUUAAACACAAGGCUGCAUCAGAUGGAGUUGAUCACUGCCAUGUUAAAAGUAUUCUUAGUUGCCUCGGUUAGAAAUGCUAGCGGAUGUCUUUGUUUAUACAUGUAAAGAAUAUUAUUUGGUAAACAAAAAAGUCCUCCCCUGUUUAUAGCAAAUGGAAGACCUAAAUUAACGCACACACUGGUAUUUUCUUUCUAUUUGUUUAAACACAUUUAAGGUGGCAGUCCUAUGCACAUUUAACUUUCCACCCUCUGGACUUGCUCAUGAGUAAGCAUGCAUCGACUCGGGCCUUUCAAGUCUAUUUCUUAAUCACGGUAUGACACCCUUUUUAAAAUUCUAGUGCUAGCCUUAAUUUUUAAGCCUGAACUUUAAUUUUUUCUGAGUAACCUUAUCACUCUGUGGUUGUAUCGGAUGCCUCAGUAGAUAAGAGGCUUUAAUUUGGGUGUGGAUGUUCUGGCUUCAUGUCCUGCCCAUAUGUAGCCUUCCUGUCUUGUCCAAGUUAGCCUCAUUUAACCCCCCCCCAAAAAAAACCUACCUCACAGGGUUGUUGUGAGGCUGAACAUAAAUAAAGACUGUACACCCUUCA